GCGCGAGGAGCGCGAGGAGGUGGGCGGGGCUCCGACCAUCCUUCAGGCCAAAGGUGGGCCGGGGCCGGUAAGGUGACUCUGCAACCUUAUGCACGCGUAACCGAAAUAACCGCCUAUACUUCUCCCCUAUCCCUGUGCUUCUCUUUCCCUCUUACUUUUUCUUGUUGUCCCGAGUCUGUUUUUGACUAUGAGGAACCUGUCAUACCUUUUCGUUAUAAGGCGCCGUUGACAUUGCUGUUUAUUAAUGACAAUAGUCAUGUGUCAGCUGCAGAACUAAGCCUUGCCGGGUUCAGUAGGUGUUUGCUAAGCAGCAAGUGAAUUAAUUGUGUGUAGGAUUGCAGUCUGUGUAAAAAAAAAAGGGGGGGGGGAUUGCAGUCUGAUCCUACACCUGAUUUUUGUGGAAAUGAGCUCAGUGGGAAGCAGACUCCUAACCAUGUCUGCUCGGAAGUAGUCCUAUAGAAUUCAACGAGGCUUACUUCCAGGUAACGGGGGUUGGAUUGCAAGCAGAAUAAGUGUGCGCAGGGCUGUAACCUUCCCAGUGCAAUCCUAUUUUAUGCUCCAGAAGCUAGUCCUACUGGGUUUAAUGGGCCUACAGUUGUAGCCUGGGUUUCCAGAGUGAAAGUGUGGUAUUUGCAAAACAAUUCUUCUUUGUUUUGUUUUUGCGACCCUAAAAAUGCCGCUUAAGAUGAAAUGUGCCCUUCCCAUGCACAAGGUUGAAAGUGGAUAGUUGUUUUCAUACAACAAAUCUUGAGUCCAUUUUGGCUUUGAGCUAGUUCUAUAAUGUGAGCGUAUAAUAUGACUAACCAAAACAUUUGAAUUCUAAAAUGCAACUGUUCUGUGUUCUAGUCUGUACUGAGCGCUUCCUAUGAUCUGAACGAAAUAAGAAUUGUAACGUGAUAGCAUGGCCACAGGAGAUUUAAAAGGAAACUUGCGUAAAAUAGAGCAAGGACUUCGACUUUUAAAUUAUCCCAGAGAUGUUGAUUAUGCUGGGUAAGUGCAGGUAUAUAUUUUUUAUAAUAUCCAUUGGUUCUAUCAAACAUGAUUUGCUGGGAAAGGUAUCUACAGUUCUCAUAUCAGAAUCAUGUUAUUUUAAUGUUGCUUCUGCUUGGACUGUGGACCAGUUAAAAAAAAUAUACAGUAUAAUAAACUGAAUUGUUAAAGAAGAGGCAAGAAUUUUGCUUGUACUGUAUUCCUGUUUGGAUAAUAGAUGAACACUGGUAGGCAGCUAAAACCAAUAUAGUCUGAUGUAUGGUCGAGAGCCGGUGUGGUUUAGUGGUUAAGAGCGGUAGACUCAUAAUCUGGGGAACCGGGUUCGCGUCUCCGUUCCUCCACAUGCAGCUGCUGGGUGACCUUGGGCUAGUCACACUUCUCGGAAGUCUCUCAGCCCCACUCACCUCACAGAGUGUUUGUUGUGACGGAGGAAGGGAAAGGAGAAUGUUAGCCACUUUGAGACUCCUUAAAGGGAGUGAAAGGUGGGAUAUCAAAUCCAAACUCUUGGAUGGGGAAAGGGUCAUUCCAGGCAUUCUUUAAAUUGUGCAUUCAUGAUGCUUUGGGCUCAUAAUUGUAUCAGGGUAUUGUAUCAUCACUGCAGAAAAUCUAAUAAAGUUGAAUGAUGUGUGGAUGCUGCAGUUUAAAUUCACCAUAAAUGCAGAAUAGACAUGCAGAAAACAGUGGUCUGAAAGAACCCUUUUUUAUAUGUUACCCUGCCUCCCCUUCCUGUGUCUUUAAAUGGAAAGCAAAGAUGCUUAUGAAGUAGAAACUUUCUUACAAAGUGUUGGUUGCAGUUAACAAGAAAAAGGACUUGAGAUAUGCUUGGAAAUUUGAAAGCGCCCAAAAUGUGAGUACAUUGUAAAAUAGUUACAACUCUGAUUUUAAUAUAGUGUUUCUAGAGGAACAGAAAUAGAACAGCUGCACUUCCACUGGUGCAGUAGAAUACAAUAUUCUCUUACUGUCUAGCUUUUCUCUCUAUUCCAGGUUGGCAAAGGGGGAUCCAUCUGCAUUUUUGCCCAUCAUCAGCUAUUGCUUCACAUCCUUCUCAACGUAUAUUGCAGAACUUCUAGUGGAAUCGGAUGUGAAACUCAUGGCAAAGAAUGACUUGCGUUUUAUUGAUGCCGUUUAUAAGGUAUUUAUAUAGUUCUAGUGUUCUUUGUGACACUACCACUUGUUGAGAAUAAUGGAAAAGUAAAAGUUUGUUUUAAACUUUACUUUCACCACGUGUCUCAAAGCCCCUUACAAAAAUAAAAAAGGAAAAUCUAUUUUAAAACAUAAGUUAAAAUGUCCAAGAGUAGAACAUUAAAGCAAAAUUCAUGGUGUAAAGGUCUUCUGAAAAAGUUGUGUGGCAUUAUGGAGGCUACAAACAGGUUUAAAUUGUUACAGCACUCACAUGAUUGUAUGAUCUCAGCAUGUAUUACCGUAUUUUUCGCCCUAUAGGACGCACCGGCCCAUAGGACGCACCUAGUUUUUUGGGGGGGAAAUAAAGAAAAAAAAAAUUAUCCCCCCCCCAGCCGCGGCUUCAGCACACCCCGCACUCUGGGCAGCAGGCUGCUAUCCGCAGCCUAGGGAGCCCUGCGGGAACUCGGUGCGCACCAACCCCUCUCGCUCUCCAAGCUUCAGCGAAAGCCUGCAUUCGCCCCAUAGGACGUACACAGAUUUCCCCUUCAUUUUUGGAGGGGAAAAAGUGCGUCCUAUAGGGCGGAAAAUACGGUAUGUUGUGACGUUUUAUAGGCAGUGUUCUAGCUUGUAUGAUAUAUUAAGUGAGAGAUAAGAUGGGGUUUGUUCACACGUGAGUUCAAGGAUCUAUGGUUUUAGGGCUGAUCUUACUAGCUAAGCUAAAACCUGUUACCAGGACCUUGUCCCUAUUAUUUUCACUGAUCUCACACUAUGCAGGAACAAUCCCCCAACCCUGGCUUAACUCUACUAAAGAAGCUUUUUCUAGCGUCAGACAUUGAGAGUUUGGUGGAAGUGCUGCAGCAACACACUUCACAAUGCAGUAGCAAAUGACUUCUUGGCCUUACUCUCAGCCUUUGAGCUGGGAAGCAGGCAGGAAUCUGCCCUCCUCUGUAUGUCCAAGAGUUGAAGGAAGGCUGGUGCUCAUUACACUUGCCAGAUAAUGUAAAGAGUGAUCUGUACAUAAGCUGAUGCAUAAUAGAACAUGACUCACUGUAUUUUUAAAAUUACUUACUCCUGCUUAUCAUAAAUUAGCUAGGUGUCUCACCACCAUUAAAUGCAAUAUAUCAACAGUAAAAGCUAUCCACAGACCUGUGUAUUACAAGCCAAACUGGCAUAGGGAAAUUGGGAUAAAUUAUAUCUCUAAACUCUUGUCCAAGUAAAAAGUAUAGACUUAAGUACACUUAGGUAUCUAAUAGGAAUCCUAAUGAACAGAAGAUUUUAUUUUUUUAAAAGCACAAUGGUCUCUCUUACUUUUUUGAUAUGGCUUCAACUGCUGGACAGGGCUAGAAAUUACAGGAAUGCAAAAAAGCACUUCCUGGGUUUUCAUGCACUAGUUGUAACCCACAGUUAACCCGUAUCUGAAGAAGUGUGCAUGCACACGAAAGCUCAUACUAAUAACAAACUUAGUUGGUCUCUAAGGUGCUACUGGAAGGAAUUUUUUUUAUUAUUUUGUUUCGACUAUGGGAGACCAACACGGCUACCUACCUGUAACCACAGUUAUAGUGACUGUGAAAGCAAUUUCUUUUUUUCUCUGUUCCUUGCAGGUUCUCCGAGAUCAAUUUCAGUAUAAGCCAGUCCUAUCAAAACAGCAGUUCCUCCAAUAUGGCUUUGCAGAGAGAAAAAUACAGAUUGUUUGUGACAUUAUUAAUUCAGUCUAUAAAAGGCAUAAAGAAUUAAGUAAUAUGAAUAAGGUAUUGAUCAAGUUAUUAAUUUAGUUCGUACUUCUGAGAAAUAAAAAUGUUAAUAUAUUUUAAGGUCUAAGUAAAAUAACUAGCACAUUUUUGUUAUUACAGUUUCUUGGAUGUGUGAAAACUUUGUGUUUGCUCCAUUUAUCAGUUUAUUAUUUUAAUUAACAAAAUUUAUGAAUGGCUCUCAGGGUGUCUUACUGAACUGGCUCUGGUUUGGGUGUGGACCCCACUCCCCUUUUCUGUUGUAUUCUGGGUAUUGGGGAAAUCAGAUAAUUCUCAUUUCCCCCCUAAUUUUUCUUCUUCUUCCUGCACAUCAGUGUAUAGGCAGUUAAAAAGACAUAGUGCCAUACUUUGAUUUAAUUUCAGUUAUAACUUCUUGCAAAGUUGUGUAAUAUUAUGUUUGGAGUUGAUUGCUACAAUUUGCUCUUCAAAAUCACUCUUGAGAGGAUACAGUGUAUGUGUUUAUAUCUUUCCCUUAGAGCUCAUAUACUUGCAUAAUUACGUCAACAAAACGUUUUGUUAGAACAUACUUUAUAUUGUAAAAACAGAAAAAUAUAUGCAUCAUUAACUAUUUGGAUGGGACUUCUGUGUGUUUUUAUAGGUCAAAACCCAAACAAGAAAGAGAACCCAUCCAGUUAGACCUCAGCUACAAGCAAACAGCCCUAGUGUGCCCGAUUCUACAACGUUCUGUGCUACAAAUCUUUUUCCUACUCUUCCGGAUUCUGCAACAAUCUCUACUAUGGAUUUUCAGCAGGUAAGAGCACUAAAAUUAUUUUAGAAGAAGAAAUAAAAUACACAAUUAUUUUAGACAAAAAACUGAAAGACUGUAGAUAUGUUUCCAGCAACAAUAGCUUUUUUACUGAACAAGUUGUCUGAAAAAUUCUCACCAGAAACUGAACUGUGUUCAGAUAUCUGGCUGAUUCUUUGUGCCACUACCUUCUAGGCUUGUCAUCCUGGCACUGUAAGAUUACCUUUCAGGUAAUCGGAAUAUGGAGUUAUGAAUCCUGACCCUCUGCUCCUGAAGCAGUUUGACUGGGGAGGAUUCCUCAGUAAUUUGGUGUGUCUGUAGGAACAUACUUUUAAAAAAGAAAUUUAUGAAACAAAAUUCAAACAACAUAAAGAAAUAUCAUUGCAGCAGGUUGAAAGCAGCAUAAACUUGGAUAUUAUCAUUGAACUUGUUCCAAAACAUUACGAAAAAACCCAAUUUUUCCAUAAACCUGUUAGGUUGGUUUAUAUGCAGUCUUUUAUCAUAAGUUAGCAUAAUCAUAGCUACUAUGGACCAAAGUUUUUCAAUCCAUUCAGAUAUCUUUAGCUGUUAUAAUCUUAGCAGCAGUAGUUGAACAUUAUUUCUUGAUCACUUUCUAAAAUAAACUCUUUUAGAUAACCAAGCCGAAAUGCUUUAGGUUCCAAGGGUAUACUAACAUAUCACAGAUAUUAGUCUGAAUGGAUUUCCAGAAUAUUUCUGUUUGAGAACAAUUCCAGAAAAUGUGUAUGUGAUCUGUUUUGUUUAAUCCACAUUUACAACAUUUAUCAGACACUAUUUGUAUAUUAAUAAGGCAUCAAAUACCAUUGAUAGAGGGUUUCUAAAACAGUCCUCUUUAAAACAGUCCUUUAAAACAGUUCACAGAAGUUAUAUUAGAAACUCAGUUCCUGGUUUUCACGACUUAUUAAAAAUAGGGCUAACGCUGAACCAAUAUGAGGAUGGGGCCUUUAGAGAUUCCUUGUCUAUACAAUACUGGGAGUGGUUUUUUAUUUUGUUCUUAUCUUCAAAAUCACUUCUAAGUUUUUGUAUUUUAUGCCUCAAGUAUUUUAUCCCGCACAUACAUGUGUUUUAUAGCCAGGUUCAAUUAAAAAGUGUUCUGCUGUUGACUUAUAUGGCCUUUAUUAAUACUCUCUGCAUCACUUUGUGUGUGGGGUCUUUUACAUGGCAAAGAAUCCUCAAAUAGAACAUCAUAAAAGUAUGUUGAGUGCAAGACUCCCACAAGACAUAAUCAAUGAAGCACUGGAGGAGGAAGAGGAGCAGGAGGAGCAGGAAGAAGUUGCCUGCAUUGCUGAUGAUCCAGUCAGUGUACGUGAACAGGUAGGACCAUUUAAAUUUUCUUUACUCACCUGCCUGUUGAAAUAAUCAUAAUUUUUCAGCUAAUAUAUCUUGUGCAUUGUUAUGGACUGGAUUCGGCUAAAGAGGUGUGCUAGUGGGAGCCAGCAAGAGUCCCGCUAGCACAUCGGGGCUUUCUUCCCCCUUUGCACCCCCAAAUCUGCUCUGGUGGGGGGUUGAAAGAACCCCUAGAAACGUGGGGGGGGGGGGAGAGAAGAGGAAAGAUUGUUCCAAUGGUACAGGAAAUAGUAAUAAAUUUGACACAUGAUUAAAUAGCAAAAGCAGCUAGUGGGAAAACAAUCUACAUAAUGUUGCCAGUACCCCCUUGAGGCAUUCAUCAUAACAGCAGGGCCCAAAGUGUGGCUGCACCAACCCUUUAAGAACAUAAGAGCCUGUGAAUAAGGCCAAAAGCCUGUCUAGUCUUAGCACUCCAGUCUGACAGUGCCCAGAAAGAUACCUGUGGUAAGCUUGCAAGCACAACCUGGGAGCAAUAGCACUCCCGUCACCUGUGAUUCCUGUCAAGUGGUAUCAGAGGCAUAAAGCCUCUUGCAAUGGAGGUGGAACAUAAAGACUAUCCAUGGCCACUAGCCAUGAUGGCUAUCUUCCAUUCAUUUCUUUAACCCUCAAUCCUCUUUAAAGCAAUUCAGGUUGAUGGCUGUCACUGCCUCUUGUCGGAGAGAAUUAAGGCACAAAGGGGGCUAAUGAGUAAAGAUUAUCUAAAACUUUGGAUGAAUAAAAUAUUAUUUACAGGUCUUGGAGGAAAAUAAUAAUGAAAUGCAAGAAUUAAAGAGCCAACUUGAUGAACUGCAGGAGAAGCUUAAUAAACUGGACUGGGUAGAAGAAAAGUUACAGGCAUUAGAAGAUAAACUGCAGGGAAAGGUUGUUAUAGAUGAAAAGGAGUGGAAUAAUUUACUGAGCCGGGUCUUACUACUUGAAACACAACUGUUACUGCAGUCCAAAAAGGUAUGCUUUUACCACCUACAGUUAUAUUGAUGUAUUUGCCACUUUGAGCUCCUAAAUAAUGAUAAUGUUUUGUUUUAGCUUACCAGCUGUGUAUCCUUUGGAUUGCUUCUAGUAAAGCUGUUUCUCAACUGUGGCCUUUUUUUCUUAUGAGCCAACUUAACUUAUUUUACUGUAUUUAUUUUUUAUUUAUUCUUACCUCCAGCCCCUUGAAUUUUAUUCUGUUGAAUGUCAGUUGUGUAGGGCAUAAAUUUCCAAUUGUGAGAUAUAAUUAGAGAAUAACUGUUGGUUACUUUAGCAAGAAAUAAACUUGCAUCAUUCAAUGUAUACUGUGUGUAUAGAAUCAUAAGAAGGUAAAGGGACCCCUGACCAUUAGGUCCAGUCGUGACCAACUCUGGGGUUGCGGUGCUCAUCUCGCUUUAUUGGCCGAGGGAGCCGGCAUUAAGCUUCCGGGUCAUGUGGCCAGCAUGACUAAGCCGCUUCUGGAGAACCAGAGCAGUGCACGGAAACGCCGUUUACCUUCCUGCCGGAGCAGUACCUAUUUAUCUACUUGCACUUUGACAUGCUUUCAAACUGCUAGGUUGGCAGGAGCAGGGAUCGAGCAAUGGGAGCUCACCCCGUCGUGGGGAUUCAAACCGCCGACCUUCUGAUCGGCAAGUCCUAGGCUCUGUGAUUUAACCCACAGCACCACCCGCGUCCCACGUAUUGAGACAUAGAGUCAUAGAAUUGUAGAGUUGGAAGGGAGCACAUGGAUCAUCUAGUCCAACCCUCCGCAAUGCAGGAAUAUUUUGCCUAAUAUGGGGCUCGAACCCAUGAUGCUUAGAUGAAGAGUCUCAUGCUCUACCAAUUGAGCUAGUUCCACUGAUGCAAUGGGACUUCUGUUUCCUCUCUCAUCUCCCUCCUGAAUGGUCCCCAGUCCUUUAGAGCUUAUUUUGAGGCUGCAAGGGAGUGCUGGAAGGGACGGGAGAGGGAGCUCUGUUGGUAGACAUGGAAGGCCGUUGCAUCAUCAUAAUUUCAACGUUGGAUUCAGCCCAAUGUGAUGUGCAAGAAACACUGGUGGCUUAGUUUAGACCAUAGUUGGCCAAAUUUGGAUGAUUGUGAUAGAACUGGCAUACAUGAACCCAUGGUAUCUUCCUGAUUAAAAGGUAGUGUUUGAAAAGGGAUGUUGUCUCUAUGCUGCUGAUACUGUUGCUUUAGGGAGUGUAUUAUAACCCAUUCACUGAAAGGUACUGAGGGAGAUCAUUAACCAGAUCUAGGAAAUGCUAGCUAUUUUGCUGAAGAGCACCGUUAUAAAGGGGAAAAUGUCUUAUAAUUUCAGGCUGAUUUAUCUGCAGAUUUUAAUAACAUGAGCGAAGAAAAUACCUCUAGCAGAAAUAUGACUCCAGUUUCUCCUGGUGAGUAUUUGAUGUAGCUUUCUCCAGUCCAUUUUUAAAACUACGCAGUGAGAUUGUCAGUUUAUAUGUGUUGUUGCAAACUGAAAUGCAGUUUAUUUAAAUUUCAUUUUCUGUUGACUAGGGGUUGGAAACCUCUGGCCUGCUAGUCAAAUUAAGGCCACCAGUUUGGCCCAUGCAGCCAUUUUUUGGCCAACCACACUCACAUGUCACCUGCUGUCUGGCACAAAUCCUGAUUGUUCCAUUGCAGCAGGGCUUGCAUUCUACGCUAUUUAAAUUUGGGCCCAAUUCCAAAACCUAACCCUACUGGAAGAUUCCAAAUGGAACCAAUCCCAGUGGGGCUUAUAUUCUGCACCAAAUUUAAAUAACACCAAAUGCAAGCCCUGGUGCUUUUUGGUGCACAUAGAGCCACCUGGUGUCCUAUGUUAUCAGGUGAUUGACAGGUAGGCAGAUCUUCCCACCUGUCAAAAGUAGCCCUCAGAGAGAUGCCCAGUUUGGAAUCCAGACCAAAGUGGAUAGUCACUUUUGGGAAUGUUGCCUUGUCCUCUCUUUGUACAUGUACAGCAUUGGCCCCCCAACUAAGAAACUAAAUUCUGCUUGAAGUUAGGCAGGCUCCAUCCCUCAGUACCUUUAAAUGAGCCUUCAAGGCCUAUCUUUUUACUGAUCCUUUUAAAUGGCUAGUUUUGGGUUGUGAUUGUUUUAUGUUUUGUUUUGUAUGGUCAUGUUCAUUCUAGUUUUAAUAAUAUUUUGUAGUGUUUUGAAAUGUACAUUUUUAGACUUGUCUUAAAAUUGUCUUAUAGUUUAUUUGUAUGUUUAUGUUUCUGUAAACGGUUUUGGAAAACAUCUUGUUUUGAAAAAUUAUAGACCAUAAUUGCAAGAGACACAUUUAAAACUUCACCAUGCCUUAGAACUACAGAACAGACAGAAAAUUUUCCACAUCCGUUCUCAUUUUAUCUAAAAUGUAUAUUAACUAUAUGGUUGGUUUGCUGUAUGAAUACUUGUCAAUCAACUCAUUGUAGUCUCUGUAAGUUGGAACUGAUUUAUUGUAUGAUAAAGUACAGCUGUUCUCUGUUGGCUCUGAGAUCUGCCAACAGGAUAUUUUAUACAAUGUGAUGUUUUCUCACUGCAGAGAGGUUUUGGUUGGCCUAUAAAAACACUUUUAGGGUAAUGCCAAGAUCUUACUGACUUGAACAGUGUGGCAUUUAAGAAGGGCUUGGAAGAACCCUGAUGCCAUUUGUGUUGCUUGUAGAGUUGUUAAACUUUUGGGUCCCCCCCCCCCCCCCCGGAUAAGCAUUAGCUCUCAGGAAAUAGUUUAUUCUCAAGUAAUGACCUUUUUGAGUAAUGGCAUCUGCAACAGCUUACAUUGCUAGGAAUCAUGGCAUACCUGGUUAAUCGUUGCAGGUAGUUUCUAUGUUAUAAUUGCAAUAUAUGGUUGUGAAAUAAUGUGAGAGAAAGACCUUGGAGCUUUGCAAAUUCAUCUCCCUCAAUUUCCUUUGUCAAUAUAUUCUGUAAAUCAAACUGUGUGAUGGCUGACCUGAUGUGAGAGAGCAAAAAGGCAAAGGUGAUGUUUAAAAUGAAUAUUUCUUUGCAGAUAGGGAGAAGGCGGAGCUGCCAGAGACUCUUCAUCAGUCGUCUGGAUACAGUUCACAGUUAUCUGCAGACCCAUCUCCCAAAGCCACGGCCGUUAAUAAUCAUGGUCUGUCAGAGGUUUCAAAGGUACUUUAAAAACCAGAAAAUGCUAGCUGAUUUGCUUUGGAAGAGCUUGUAGAUGUUGGUUGAUUUUUAUUAUUUGGGGGGUGGGUAACAGCAAACUUUUUCAAAGCACUUUUGAUAAAAUUAAGUGCUUGUAUAAAGUUACUCUGUUCAUGCCUUUAAACUUAGAAAAAUGCGGACUUCAAAGAAUUAAUUUAGCCUGUCUUGAAAUUGCAGGAGACAACAGUACAAAGAAUGGAGAGAAUAAGCAAAAUGUAAGUAAUGGGGGGGGGGGAAGACAAAUUUAUUUCUCUGCAGGGAAUUGUUUUGGCUUAAAACAUAUCUAGAAAGUACAUGUGUUUUCCAAACCUCAAAGGCCUUCGCAUCAGGUGUGGCAUUUCCUUAAGGCUGUACUGGAUAAUAAAUCGAGCUACAGUUCCAUUUUUUGUGGGAUGAGUCACUAUUUUUGUUUCUGAAAUACAACGUUAAGUGAAUUUACUGGUGGCUGCUAGAGAUUAGAGUGCUAAAUAUGUUUAUUAGUAAUUAGAUCCCCCCCCCCCCCGGUAAUGUUUUAUUGAAGGAGUUUCUCUUUUUAAAAAACAAAAUGAAAACCAUGAUCAUUUUUACACCCAAGAGCAUUGUACUUUGAUGUAGUAAUGCCUGAUUGUGAAACUUUACAUUAUCAUUGUUUGUUUGUUUUUUCCUUCAGUAUAAUUCUUUUUCAACAGGUUUCAUUUUUUAACACUCACCCCAACUUGUAUUGUUCUAAAAUAAUUUCCUACUGAGAAAUAAGAUGUGCAAAAUUUUGAGUUAAGUUGGGAAAUUAAGAAUAUGUGUUUGAUAUUUUGGAAUAUGUGUUUUCUAUAAUCCAUAUUUCCAUAUUGUCUUUUAGUCUGAUUCUUCUUCAGUAUAGUUGGGAAAAUGCAAUUGGUGCUUAUUCAAUGUUACCAUUCUGCAAGUAGACAAUUUUGUUUGGCAUAUCUAACCUCUUUGUAUAAUAUCAUCAGGAUUGAAGAAACUUCAGAGUUGUUGAAGACCUCAAGAAACACCUCUUGAGAACAUUCUGUCCUACACAGCCAGAUAUCUGCAAGCAAUUAUGUAUGCCUUUAAAUUUUUAGAGCUAUCUGAAUCUCUUUGUGAUAUUUUGUAACUCAAAUUAUUUAAAG